GUUCCCGUUGUGUGCGAGGCCGAGUCCCAAACGGCCUCAGCGCCGCUGCCGCCGCCGGGGGCCGAGCCGGGGCUUCCCCGUUCUCUGCCGCCGCCCCAGAGGCCGAGCCGAGCUUCCCCCGCCGCCCCCAGAGCCGAGCCGAGCCCUUCCCGCUCCCCGGCACUCAGGGGGCCGUGCCGUGCCGUGCCUGCUCCGCUCCCCGUCCCGGGGGCCGCGCUGAGCCUCCCCCGGGCCCGCUCCGCAUCCCCGCUCGCUCCAGCCGGGCCCUUCCAGAGCCUCCCCGGGCCAGGCCCGCGGCCUCCCCGGCCCAGCCAUGUCGCUGCACGGGAAGCGGAAGGAGAUCUACAAAUAUGAGGCGCCCUGGACCGUGUACGCCAUGAACUGGAGCGUCCGGCCCGACAAGCGGUUCCGCCUGGCGCUGGGGAGCUUCGUAGAGGAGUACAACAACAAGGUGCAGCUUGUUGGUUUGGAUGAAGAGAGCUCAGAAUUCAUUUGUAGGAACACCUUUGAUCACCCCUACCCCACCACAAAGCUGAUGUGGAUCCCAGACACCAAGGGAGUUUACCCAGACCUGUUGGCCACCAGUGGUGACUACCUGCGAGUGUGGAGAGUGGGUGAAACCGAGACCCGGCUGGAGUGUUUGCUGAACAACAACAAGAACUCGGAUUUCUGUGCUCCACUGACAUCAUUUGACUGGAAUGAAGUGGAUCCUUACCUGUUAGGUACCUCUAGUAUCGACACAACCUGCACUAUUUGGGGUCUGGAGACAGGGCAGGUUCUGGGAAGAGUGAAUUUGGUGUCUGGCCACGUGAAGACCCAGCUCAUCGCACAUGACAAAGAGGUGUACGACAUCGCCUUCAGCCGCGCCGGCGGCGGCAGGGACAUGUUCGCCUCGGUGGGCGCCGACGGCUCGGUGAGGAUGUUCGACCUGCGUCACCUGGAGCACAGCACCAUCAUCUACGAGGACCCCCAGCACCACCCGCUGCUGCGGCUGUGCUGGAACAAGCAGGACCCCAAUUAUCUCGCCACCAUGGCCAUGGACGGCAUGGAGGUUGUGAUUCUGGAUGUCAGAGUUCCCUGCACCCCCGUUGCCAGGUUAAACAACCACAGAGCUUGUGUAAAUGGAAUUGCCUGGGCACCUCACUCUUCCUGCCACAUCUGUACAGCAGCUGAUGAUCACCAGGCUCUCAUCUGGGACAUCCAGCAGAUGCCUCGUGCCAUUGAGGACCCCAUCCUGGCCUACACAGCUGAGGGAGAGAUCAACAAUGUACAGUGGGCAUCCACCCAGCCAGACUGGAUAGCCAUCUGCUACAACAACUGCCUGGAGAUCCUCAGAGUCUAACUGUGCUGAGGCAGGGCUGUGUCAUUCCCCCUCCCCUCUCAAGUAAGAACACCACCAGUCAAGUGGCCAGUAUCUGUUGUUGCUUUGCAUCUACUGUUACAAGAAACUGUUAGAAGAAUCGAUGGCAGGAGUCUCCUGUCUCUCAAGACUCUAAAAUGCAGAGACAUGCUGAGCCUCUUGGACCUUCUGGGUUCUGGUUUUCUUGUGAAAUCCUUUUUUCCCUCAGUAAAAGUUCUGUAUAUUUGUUUGUUGACUGUAUUAAUAAGCUUGCAGGCUUUUAAGUUGCUGCAUAUGUCCAUGUGUUUGUCAGCCAGCUCUGAGGCAGCACAUCCACCAGUUUAACAGAUGCAGGUGCAAAGAACAAGGUGGGGGGGAAAAGACAAUGAUGUUAACGGCCACCUUGGCAGGAAUCUUUUAUCAUUCCUGUUGUUGCUGCCUCCAAACUGUUUAAACCUUUGUAUGUUUUUUAUAUAUUGGGCUAACUUUCUAUUGAGUAAGGUUUUUUCCUCCCUAAUUCUUACUUUUGAUAUGUGAUCCACUUCCAUAUGCCCAAAGCAGGUUUGUUCAUGGAUACAAACCACAGUAACCCUGCAGGCUCCCUGGCAGUGAAGGCCUGCCACAAUUAACUGUUGCCUUGGCUCCCUGUAUCUGGUGACCUGGGCAGAAUUUUCUGGUGCUGUGAGGUACUACAAGUACGAGUACUUGUUGCACAAUUUCUUUACGCUUUUCUGAUGCUCGAGGCAGUUGUUGCUAUGGUGGGGUCUCAUUUUUAAAUUCUAACUGAGCUUGUGUGUGUCCUGCAGUCGUGUUAGCAAACAGAGCGGUGGUAGGUCGAGAAAGGAGAUGCCGUGCAUGAUGUGAGCUCCCAGGAGGUAAGCAGCUCCUGAAAACAUGUAUUUGUAAUGGACUUGGGAUUGACACUUCCAAUCAAAUGGUUUCCCCUCGGAAGACUUACCUUACCUAAAUCAGAAUAAAAUGGUUUCACACUUUGGAGCUUGCUUGAUUGGCAAAUAAUACGAGCAGGAUUUUGUGGUUAGGCUCUACGUCAGAGAUUGUGUUUGGCCUGUGUUCCUGGGAGGUCAGACAAUCUUUUUGUGAAGUGUAUUUGCUUUGUCCUGCCGAGUCUUGCUGAACGAACAAGACAAGUCAGAAAAGCUGGACUGCUAUCCAAAAGAAAGCUGGUUUUUUUUGAAAGAAAUUCCUCCUUAAUGUGAUGCACAAAGGUGGAUUUAGAAGGAAAGAAACUGUGCCGUUGAGGUCAGGGUUUGGCAUUUGUCAUCCUCCUGAUUUUGGGGGGCCUCUGUUUGGAGUAGUGGAUCACUCUAUGAUAAUACUGUUCAAUGAAAGCUGAGUGGAUUAGGCAAGAUAAAAAUCUUUGUUGAAGUCUUACUGUAACACAGGUGCUGUGCUGAAGGCUGUGCAGUGCUCUGUGAUGAAGACAUGACAGCCAGAAGCUGGUCUGGAAGGGCGUGCAGCCCAGUUCCCAUGUGAACGUCAAACCAUCCGAAUUCUUUCCAGCUAAUGAGUAUUCACCUGCAGCUGGAGGUAGAUUAUAAAUAGAACACUGUCAAACUUGUAUCUUGUCAGCUUAUGCAGGAAAGGCAAGUUGGGAAAGCAAUUGCUGUGGAAGAGUGAAGCUGACACUGAGAACGCUGUCAAAUACAGAGCAGAAUCUGCAAAGUUUUGUCAUUUUGGACGUAGAAGAAAUACUCUUCUGCAGGCUGCUUCUCACCGUGGAGCUCAGAAAAGCAUUGCCUCAGGAAUUUGAUAGGAAUUCAUUAGGGACAGCUGUAUUCCAUCACUCCUUUUGAUAGCAGAGAACCGAGAGACUAACGCUGCUCAGGCUGAUGUUUUGUCACUGACACUCUGCGUUCAGUUGUGGGAUUUCUGACAAAGCUUGAUUUGACUUGAAGGUCAAUUUUUUCAUAUUAGCAGCAGUACUGAGAGUAGUGUGUGUUCCACAGACAGGCUUUAGCUAGUUGUCAGAGCAGUGUUAGCCAAACAAUUAGUUAUCAAAUUUUACAACAGCACUUUGUCUGAAACUGGAAAAAGCUUAGGUAGAAUGAAGUGAAAAUUGGGGUUUUCUUAGCAGGAGCAGCUAAUGGCAUUCACAGCUUUAGGAGUCACCUGAAAUCCAUUCACAGGCUUGUCAUGCUCUGUUUAAUUACAACUGGCAGGCAAAACGUGCUGUUACUAAGAGGGAACUACCUGCAAUCUGUGUCCCCUUUUUGCUUCCGAGUUAAUUCCUGUACAGAUGGCGUGAGUCAAAGAUGAAUGCUAGGAUGAUGAGAAGAGAGCUUGUAUAAAGGGACCCAUAGUCUGAAUAGCCAGGUAGAUUCUGAUUCUGUUGGAAGGUAAUCCUCUUAGGGGCCUGAAGAGGAUCCAGUGUCAGUUCUUCAUCUCUGAAACUGCUUCAAAUCUAUUUGUGGAAUUGUGUACUUACUCCAAAUGCAUCAAAGGCAAGUGAAGGAAUCUUGGAGGCUCCAGUGGGUUCUAAAUAAAGCCUAUAUCCUGUUUUUUUAGCCAGUUGGGAUACCUUCUGGAUCUACAGCAUAUUGCUUUGGGCAUAAUCCAUUGUCGUUCUUCACAUGAAAUUACAUUUUAAAUCACCAGAGACUGUUUUGGCACAGGGAAAUGAUACUUAAAAUAACUUCAAAGAUGUCACUUGAAAGGUUAAUGAGUAAAAAGACAUGAAAAUCCUCAUGGGUGAGAUGUUCUCUAGUGCAAAUGGCACUUCCAUGUAGACAAGGAAGGGAAAGACUUGGUGCCCUUUUGCCAGAAGCUGCUGCCCCAGUGACAGGGUAGAGAAUGCUCUGCUUGGUGGGCCAGGUUCAUCUGCAAGAUAAAACAAACCCUGACACUUGUCACUGGAGCCUGUGAAUUGAAAUAGUUUAUCACAUUCCUCCUGCUUGACAUUCAAUUUUGUGAGGUGUAAAGCCCCCAUAAGUGUUAUUUUUCCCCCAAAGUUCAUGAAAAGAAAUACUUUGAUAUUCAGUUUCUGCCAUUUGGUGCUUACAGCACAAGCAGAGGAUGCAGAAAAACUGCUUGCAAACACCUUGUGGUUUUUUUGAGUAGAAAAUAACAUUAGGGAAGAGCGAGCACGGGUGAGGUGAGCAAAGCAGAAAAGCAUGAGCUGUUGUUGGUACAGGCCAGCCUGAUUCUGGGACAGAAAUACUGAGUGAGUUCUGUGUCACUGCUCCAUUGAUUAAUCCAAGAGACUAAACUUGGUUUUCUGUUCCAUUUAAACCAAGCUUUCCACGGAUUCCUACUAUUGUGUGGGCAACCUGCUGACUCUCAGCCAGGAGAUGUUGACAGUGUAAAACUUGUUAGUGGGGUGAGAACCUGCACUUAACAAGUUGAAUGUCGAAUUAGCGUGUGUAGUGCCAACUCUGAGAAUUGUCUAAAUGAGGGGGGCUAUGGUAGCUAGCAUCUAUGGGUACUUGUGUGUGCAGGGAUUGAAAAGGCAAGGAUUUGAGUGCUUUGACAAUCUAGUUAGAAAGAAAACACAGUGGUUUCAAAUAAUACCAAAGGAGACUGCUAAAACCAGGUUGUUUCUUAUGGAACCUUGAAAUGUGUUUAACAGGGGGAGGCAUUGCCUCUCGUGAGUCAAAGUUAAUGAUCCUUUCAAAACUUAGUGGUAAUUACUCUGCUGAAUGUUCUGGAUAAUAGUGAAAAGCUCUGGUUUUGCCUCGUGGUGCAAUGAGAAGCUGCCUCAGUCUCAAGUGUAGAUCCCAGCCUGCCAGAGACCAGGGGAGGAGUCUGAUGUACGGAAUUCACUGAUGUUCUCGUGCUUGUCAGUGGAAAUGAGCUGAGCGUGUCAGCUUUGUUCUCUUGCAGAUGGCACUUUAACAAGUAUAUUUUUGGUAAGAUUAGGACCAGAGUCAUCUUUUCCUCAGCCCUCAUAGGGUAGGAGUUUGUCCGUGUUGUGUAGAAAAUGUUAAAUAGCGACCGUCACCAAAAUCCUAAGCUGGGGACGUAAUGGACCCUGACUUGUUUUUACUGAAAGCCAAAAAUCCGAGCACUUGACGAGGCUGUAAAUGUUAAACUGAAGCUUCAUGUUCCGAAACUGUCCUGUAAGGCCAGCCCAAGGGAUGCUGCGUGUUCCCCAGAAAGUCCUUUUUGUUUAGGAGCUCAGUGUCGUUUGGGAAUCCUGUUCUUUACCAUGGAAACGCGAUGCUGGCAGUGCCGGGUUGGUUGUGCCUGGAUUCUUUGCAUAACUUGAAUUUUGUGAGAGAAAAAACUGUAAAUUCACUCAGGCUGCAGCGUUGAACUGGCCAGCUUGUUAGUGGUGUUUUAACUCUUUCCAGGCACCACUUGUUAGUGGUGUUUUAUCUCUUUCCAGACACCACUUGUUAGUGGAAUUUUUAACUCUUUCCAGAAGGAAAGGGCAGCAGCACAGGCAAGCUCUGAGCUCAGCAGGCUGCACAGUUUCAGUCCCAUCCAAGCACUGAAGGGUUGAAUUUUCCCACUGCUCGUAGCAGAGUGGUUCCACCACCCCAAAUGCACGCUGUUAUCCUGUCAGGUCACACAGAUUCUCUCGAACACGUGUUUCCUGCUUUCUGCUCUCAGAUGAAUAUUCCAGAGCGAGCCACAUUACUGUGCUGUGGGCAUGGAAACCAUCAACUCUGUCCCGAUUUCUCUUGGUCUUUGCAGAGAAUCCAGGGAAUUAAUUGUAUGUGGCACUUAAAAGAGCACUUUGUGAUGCAGCUGUACUUCCCCUGCUCACCCAGGAAGAGUCAGAAAUGUUUCAUUCUCGAGGCUAUUGAGGAGAGUUUAGGGAUGACCCUGACUCAGUUUUCUGGAAGAGAUCUCCAGGACUUCCAAUCAGCACCUUUCACCAGCAGUAGAAAGAACAGUAAUUAAAAAUGCAGCUAAAUACCAGUCACUGGAGGCUCACCUGGUGAUUCAGGGCAGACACCUGAUGCAAAGGCACUUGUGAGAGUCGCUGCUGCCUGUUUCAGGUGACAAAUGUGUCUGCCAAGGACCUCAGUGGCCUUUUUGUGCAGCCUCUGAUACUCAGCGUCGAGCAAGAAUUUCCACAGUCAUAAAAAAUAAUUAAAAUUAUCUCAGUGGCUUCCAGCAAAUUUGUUUCUUUUCAGGAAACCUAACGAAGUUAAGGGAAAAAAAAAAACAAAACUAUUUCCUGACAAAAUAUUGUGGCCAUGUGCAACUGUAAAAUAGCUCCCAUCCCUUGGAGUUUGCUUUCCGUGUGCAACUCCAGCCCCCUCUCAGUGCUGAGGGAGAUUCCGUGGGAUCUUAGCAAGGCAAGAACCAGAGCAGGACUGAGUUCCAGUGCAGCUGGAAAAAGGUAUGUUGCCUUUUUUUUUUUUUUUUUUUUUUUUUGACAAAUUGGGAAAUAAGAAUGACGAAAUCUACUAUUUAAAAAGAACCUUUUUCUGACCCUCGGGUUGCUAGCGGUGUAAAAUGUAAUUUAAACCCGUUGCGCCAAAGCAUUUUUGUUACCAGUAGCCGAGUAGGAGAUGCUACUUUUAGGUGUUUUUCCCUUCCUGCUCUCCCCAUUCACAGUCCCCUUGUGGUAAUUUUCCUGAAGGUGUAAUCUUUGUAGCAUGAUUGUACAAACAUCCAUAUGAGAUUUCCCCACUUCUUGUUCUCAACUAGAGUAUGUUAAAAGCAAUAGGAGUUUGACUUCUGUCCUUUCCUCCACCUGCAACUUCGCUACUCUCCUGUCCUAGAGGAAUCCCAGUAUCCUGCUGUUCAACAGACGUGUAUCGUUGACAUGGAUAACUGCAGUGUCCCUAUAUUCCUUUAUUUUUAUGGAGAAAAUACAAAAGGGUUUGUUACAAUGGAUUUUAACACCUGAGUCACGGAACCGUAUUGUUGAAACUCUGUAAAUUUUAAGGCAAUUUUCUGAACUCGCUUGAAAAGUGGAAUGUCGCAUCCUUUUAUGCUGUUUUCCUGCUUCCUAUGUAGUUUUAUUCGGAUUUUUUAACCUUCUUUCUAAGUUUCGGCCUCCUGUGUAUUAGGUACGGUAUUUUCUGCCUUUCAUACUUUGUAAUAAAAACGGAACAUUUGUAGAUUGA